AGGGCAAAGCCUUCGGAAAUAGAAACAAAGUUGGUUACAAAUCACACUGGUGUUUCUUUUUUUUUUUUUUUUUUCCACCCUUCUUUAGCAGGCGACCAUGGGGAAAGUGACCACUGCCGUCAGAGCCGGCAGCCCGGGUGGCUCGGGGCCGCGGGGGCGCCUGUAACUUCUUCGCGACCAUGGUACCUGUUGAAAACAGCGAGGGCCCCGGGCUGCUGAGCCCCGGGAGGACAGCAGCCGAGACCGAGGGCAGCGGCGCAGCCAGCGGCAGCCGGCAUCCUCCCUGGGCCAGAGGUUGCGGCAUGUUUACUCUCCUGUCAUCCGCCACAGCUGCUGUCAGUGGCCUCCUGGUGGGUUAUGAACUUGGGCUCAUCUCUGGGGCCCUUCUUCAGAUAAGAACCUUAUUAAACCUAACCUGCCAUGAGCAGGAAAUGGUUGUGAGCUCCCUCCUCAUCGGGGCCCUUCUGGCUUCCCUCACUGGAGGGGUCCUGAUUGACAGGUCUGGAAGAAAGGCUGCCAUCAUCUUGUCAUCCUGCCUCCUUGGCCUCGGAAGCCUAGUCUUGAUCCUGAGUUUAUCUUACACAGUUCUCAUAAUAGGCCGCAUUGCUAUAGGGGUUUCCAUUUCACUCUCUUCGAUUGCCACGUGUGUUUACAUCGCAGAGAUUGCUCCACAACACAGAAGAGGUUUUCUCGUGUCCCUGAAUGAGUUGAUGAUUGUCACUGGCAUACUUUUCGCCUACAUUUCAAACUACGUGUUUGCCAGUGUUACCCAUGGAUGGAAAUACAUGUUUGGCCUUGUUAUUCCCUUGGGAGUUUUGCAGGCAAUUGCAAUGUAUUUUCUUCCUCCAAGUCCCCGGUUUCUGGUGAUGAAAGGACACGAGGAAGCUGCUAGCAAGGUUCUCAGAAAGUUGAGAGGCGUCUCGGAUACAACGGAGGAACUCACUAUAAUAAAAUCUUCCCUGAAAGACGAAUAUCAGUAUAGAUUUAAGGAUCUGUUUCGAUCAAAGGACAACAUGAGGACCCGGAUAAUGAUAGGCUUGACACUGGUAUUUUUUGUGCAAGUCACUGGUCAGCCAAACAUACUAUUCUAUGCAUCAACUGUUUUGAAGUCUGUUGGUUUCCAAAGCAAUGAGGCAGCCAGUCUCGCCUCCACAGGGGUUGGAAUCGUCAAGGUCAUCAGCACCAUUCCUGCCACUGUCCUUGUAGACCACAUUGGGAGCAAAACCUUCCUCUGUAUCGGUUCCUCGGUGAUGGUAGCUUCACUGGUGACCAUGGGCAUCGUGAAUCUCAACAUCCCCAUGAACUUCACCAGUAUCUGUAGAAGCCAUAGCCCUAUCAACAAGUCCCUGGAUGAGUCUGUGUUUUAUGGGCCAGGAAAUCUGUCAGCCCGUGAUGACUCUCUUAGAGAACUCUUUAAGGGGAUGACUGCCCACACCAGAAACUCCCUAAUGCCCACGAAAAAUGAUGUGGAUAAGAGAGGGGUGACGACCUUUCCAAGUGCUGGACUGAGCCAAGCUGAAUACCAGACAGUCACAGACCCUGCGGACGUCCCAGCUUUCUUGAAAUGGCUUUCCUUAACCAGCUUGCUUGUUUAUGUUGCUGCUUUUUCAAUUGGUCUAGGACCAAUGCACUGGCUGCUCCUGAGCGAGAUUUUUCCCAGUGGAAUUAGAGGACGAGCCAUGGCUUUAACUUCUAGCAUGAACUGGGGCAUCAAUCUUCUCAUCUCUCUGACAUUUUUGACUCUGACCGAGCUCAUUGGCUUGCCGUGGGUUUGCUUUAUAUAUGCAAUCAUGAGCCUCGCAUGCCUGGCUUUUGUCGUUGUGUUUAUACCCGAGACAAAGGGACGCUCUUUGGAACAAAUAUCAGUGGAGCUGGCAAAAGCGUCAUCUUGAAGCCCUAACCACCUGUGAAGGCUGAGAUGACCAGGAACACCUUUGGGUUCAAAUGACGGCAUUUAUUCCAAAUACGGCACAAUCAAGAUGAAUUUCAGAAAGCUGAAGAGUUUCUCCUGCGGAUGGCAGCUGGAAGAUGGUUAAUACAUCUCACAGAGAGAGAUUGUUUAAGCAGCUUAAUUUAGGCGUGGGCUGUAGAAAACUCUUUCCUUUUGAGUAACAGAGCUCAGAUCUCUAAAUGGUGAACUGCAGGGAAGGAGGGGAUGCUCAGGGGCCCGGAAUGAAGCAGAACUUGUUCUUCUUCCUAGCAAUAAAUCAUUACACUCGACAACAACGUAGGGAUACUGGUUCUUGGGUUUUAAUGGGAGGGUGCUGUUUAUCUACAGUUUGGGAAUUUCUUCUAAAAACACUCUCAGUGGGCCAGACAGAAAUGAUUGUUACGGGAAUCUGAUGGAAGAAUGAACCUGCGAGGUGAUUUCAUGGUCACUCUACGUGGACAUAUUUAUUCAGAGUAGGAUUUGGAAAACUUCUGCUUUGUAUUUUAUGCACUUAGACGUGGUUUGCAUUUUUUAAAUAUUUCACUUUAGCAGGCAGAAAGACCUCUCUUAAUUCAAGCUGUGAGUUAAAUAUCAAAUUGUAGUUAAUUUUUAAUGUAGAUAAAGCCCUGUUUUUUAAAAAAUACAAUGAAAAUGAAAGUUAUUCAUUUACGGGGAAAUCUAAUUGUCAGAAGGCUGGCUAGACCCUUGGCCUGAUCAGCACAUUGCAAGUUGAAGCCAACUGAGUUUCUUGGGGGAGCACAGAAUCUGAACAAGACUAUGAACUACUGAUACACGAUUCAAAUAACUGAGAACCUCAUUUCUUAUGCAUCCAUUUGGGGCCUUGAUUUAGAUUCUAGGCCUUUGCCAGGACUAACACGUCAGGACUCUGAAAACUUCCAAACCUACUGUCCAGUCUUCAUUUCUCAUUCUGCUCUGUGUUUCCCAUCAGUUGUCUGUUGAAGUGUAGCACACCAUCUCCACAUGUCAUGACUUAAAAUAUACUACUCCCAUUUCCCAGGAUGCUUUGGUUUGUCUGGGCAGUGCUCCUGCUCGUUCUCCUCCUGGGCGCCCUCAUGGGUUGACAUGGCAGGAGGGCCAAUCAGUCUGGACGGUGUAAGAGAGCCUCACCAAGGUGGAUGAGAGUGGGUGCUGAUUCGCUGGGGUGGUUCUGUUGUCCUCCGCAGGGUCUUGCUCCCCAGAAGGCUGAUAUGGCUUCCUCACAUGGCAGAUUCUGGGCAACGUUCCAAGGCAGUGGAAGCAGGAGCUAUAAGGCCUGUAAAGUGUACAUUCUAGAAGUCACACUGCAGUACUCCAAUUUUUUUUCGCGAGACUGGUCCAGAAUGAAAGGGUGUAGAAAUUGACUUAAGCUUUUGAUGGGAUAAAGGAAACAGAAUUUUUUUUAAACCACAUUAAUCUACCACCCCUGCUCUUUCUUGAAAUUCUCUUUUCGCUCCCGUGAAACGAUUUUCUUUCCAGCAAUUUACCUCACACACAUUUAUCUCUUUAUCUCUUUCUAUUACGACAUUCUGUAUAUCAUUGACGAUUUAACUCAAAAUCCUUAAAGACAACGCAAAUCCUCGUCGUUGAAGUCCUGCAUAAACUUAGCCCUGGAGCAUAUUUCUUUCUCCUGGAUUUUUAAUAUUUUCUCGUUCCAUUUUCUUCUCUACUGCCUUAGCUAAGACCCUGUCAGCUUCACCUCCUUAACGAAGUUGUAACAUAUUGCUUUCCAGGAAUGGUUUCUGCUCAUUAUCCUUCCUAUGAAACCUCUCUGUGCAGUGCCUAGUAUAAUACUGAUUCCUAGCAGAGGAUCAAAAAGUAUCCACUGACCAAUUUGAUAACUUGUAAACAAGGCCAGUGCUAAAUUCCUUAUUGGGGCAGGGGUGGGAUUCAUUCAUGGAUAACAGUGUAAAAGCACAACACGUUUUGAUCCCGUCUCAGGAUAUGAGUUAAUCUAUAGUCUAAUACAGCCUGUGCAACGGGAGGAGGAAGAGGCAUGUGGGCAGAUUAAGUGAGACAGUCUGGCUUUCCACACCUCUACCUUCCCCUCCACUUCAGAUAUUGUUUAACUAAUUCUUUUAUGAUCAUGUGUUAGGCACCCAACACUGUACUAGGAAAGAACUGAGAACAUAGGAGACGAGGAGUCCCAACUUCUUCCGUCGAGGAGGCAGGCAAGAAAAUACAGAGCAUCACAAAGAUUUCCCAUUGUUGGCAAGCACAAAGGAAAAUCACAUAUAUUCGAGGAUGUCAUUUAUAACAUCUUCCUGAGAGAGAGAAUACCGAAGCAGAAUCCUGAAGGAGUGAUCUGGGCCAAGAGGAGUACAUGGGAGUCAGAGGAGAAUCGCACUCAGAGGCCAGUGUGCUCACUAGUGGGGUCUGAAGAGGACAAGUUCUGGGUGGGGGACUGAGAGAUGAGUCCAGAGCACAGGGCAGAGAGCAGUCAGGAAGGGUCUCGUCCGUCUUGGUAAAGAGUUUGAAUUUUAUGCUGAAGGCAGUGGGAUAUAUUUAAAACAAUAGGGCAGGGGAUAAAAGUUACCUGAUUUUUUACGGAGGACUCUGGCAAAAUAUAGAGAUUGGAAGGGGGGCUGCUGAGUGAGGGAGACCAACGGGAGUCUUGUGAAGAAAUGGGGUAGAGAACUAUGGGGCUGGAUGGCGUGCACGGAUGAAAUUAGAUGACUUGGAGCUGGAUUGGAAAAGACAGUUGAGGGAAAAGAGAAAAUCAGGAUCUUUCUCGAGAAUAGAGAACUAACCCCAUUUGGGGACAUCCACUGAAGUAAGACGAGGAGGAGGAAGAGCAGGCUUGGGAAGCUGAAGUCUGGCGGGGGCUCCCGUACCCCACUGAGUUAAGUUGGUGCGUACUGUCUGUGGGCUCCUAUAGGACACACGAGGGGAAGGAAGAAAAGACCAGUGUGCGUUGGAAGCUAGUCCUGGACAUAUCAGUGUGUAGAAGGAAGUGUGUAUGAAAUCCGGGGCAGACCCACAUUUUGUGAAGCCUAAGCUUUUCAGGGCCUUGUUGAAGGAAAAAAAAGAUACAAAUUAUGAAUGUAAAAUUAGGUGUGACUGUGUGUGUCUUACAAGAAAGAGGCUGUGAAGUGAGGGGCCCCGGGGUUGAAGUGUCAUUGCCCUUAUGGUAGGUCUAUCUUGAGCCUAUGCACUUUUUAACUACCUGUUUAUUAGCUGGGGGAGUGAAAUUUCUUUAAAAAUAAAGGUUUGCUAAAAUUCUUGUGAACAACACUAAUUGCAAAGUUGAGCUGGAGAGAAAGCAAUUAUGAAUGAGCUGAACAAAACAAAGGACCUACUUACUCUAUUAUCACUCCCUAUUGCAUUCUUUUUUUAAAAAAAAAGUCUAACUCGAAACCGGAAUGAAUAAAUAAUUUGGAAUUAAGGUUAAGAAACUUUCAGGUCUAUUUUUCAUAUGGGGCUGUUGGAAUGUAUCAAAUUGCCAACCAAAUAAAAAUAUGAGGACAAAACUUGAGAAAAGCCAAUCUUUCUAUCUAGUAGACCCCCAGAAUAAGACAUUCCUUAGCAACCUAUCAUUUGGCUACCUAAAAACGCAGCAAAACUUAUUCAAAAAUAGGGUGGGGAAGGACUCUGUCUAAAUUCGUAAAACUCUGAGUUAUGAAAUGUUUUUGAAAGAAUCACAUUUCUGUGGCUUUUGAGUCAUGCGGUUACCCAAAUUUAAAUCCAAACCUUCAGUGAUAAAUUGCAAAGUAAGGGAAAUCCGAAAGCCCAAAUCCUGGUCACCCUAGAUGUACCACACUUGUGCUAGGUGUUGAAGAAUAAGAGUAGAUACGAGGUCUGAUAUAGAGAAUUAUAAAGGGUGGGGGAUGCAGAGUAAUACUGCAGAUGAAAUUCCCAGUGGCAGUGAAGGCAUCUCCCAGGGUGUGAGUUGUGGAGCAGAGAGGAAACCGUUGCUCUCAGAAACCUUGGCUGACUCCUAUUUCUGUAGUACUAUAGGAAACAAUUUUUUUUUUUUUUUUUUAGAUUUUAUUUUUUUAUUUGAGAGAGAGAGAAAGCAUAAGUAGGUGGAGGGGCAGGGAGAGAAGGAGAAGCAGGCUCCCUGCUGAGGCUUGAUCCCAGGACCCUGAUAUCCUAACCCGAGCCGAAGGCAGACACUUAACCCAGGUGCCCAGCAAAUGUUUCUUUUAAAUUGGAAAUAUAAGUAGCCUGAAUUUUGUCAGCUGUCUAAAGUACGUAUGGAGUAUGUAUGUUAAACCCGGUUCCCAGCAGGAAAAUGUCAGAGACAAAAAUAAAAGGAAGAUAAAAUCCGUGAUGGUAUGGAGAAGUUAUGUAAUCAGCUCAGUGCACUCAGGUGGGCGGGAAGCCCAGGGAGCUCACUGGCAGGCAGGAGCUGAAGUGAGCUCGGAGACGGUGCUAAGGGAGUCUUCUCAAAUUUAGGAGUUACUGAAGAAAAUGAGUCCAAUUUUGUCACCAGGGAAAGAGAGUGUCCUGACAUGUAUAGCCCAACGAAUCCCUAAGGAGGAAGAAAGGAAACGAUUUCUAAUGUGAAAAUGACUUCAAAGGUGAUAUUACAGUGUUGCUUAACAUUUUCCUUUCUCAUUCAAUAUUUUUAUGGGGCGUCUGGGUGGCUCAGUGCAUUAAGCCUCUGCCUUCAUCUCUGGUCAUGAUCUCGGGGUUCUGGGAUCAAGCCCCGCAUCGGGCUCUCUGCUCAGCGGGGAGCCUGCUUCCCCUCCUCCCUCUCGGCCUGCCUCUCUGCCUAGUUGUGAUCUCUGACUGUCAAAUAAAUAAAUAAAAUCUUUAAAAAAAUUUUUUUUUCCUUUUUCCUAUUUGGCGUUCAGUUCUUUUACUUCCAUUACUGCAAGGCUGAGAAAACAAAUAUUCUUCCAAGGUUAUUAGGUUUCUUAUAAAAUAAACAGUGAUUCAGCUGAGAGGUCAGAAAAGAUUUCAGCAAUAAUGUAAUUUGAAAGGAUUUUAUUCUGAACUUCUGCCCUGCCAGCAACCAACUCAAGAUGGGGUGUUGGCUGUAUUUGCUAUUUCAGCUGUGACUUUUAUGCUUUUCCUUAGUUUAAGUGGAAACAAAGAGAAAAUGAACAAGUUGACAUUUUGGAAAUAUAUUCAUUCUGAGACUUGUUAUUUUUCCCUUCUAGCAAAUUUAUUGUAUGUGGUCAUUCCUUCCUUCCUUCAUCCAAACUCACUUGUUCGAGAAAUAUUUACUGAGCAUCUAAUAUGUGCCAGGCACUCGCUGUUCAAGGUGCCACAGACAGUACUCAGUGAGCAAAAAUGCCUUGAGAAUUAAAACAUGUUGAUAAGAGAGGGAGUGAGUGGGGGGCUACUUUUGGUCCGGUGAUCGGAGAAGGUUACCUGAGAGGUAACACUUAGGAUAAAAUCUGGGUGAUAAUGAGGAGUCGACAAAGAAAGGACAAAGGAGAACUGGAGCAGAGAGAACAGCUAGCACAAAGGCUAAUCCGAACACACUUGACCUGUUCCAGGGGCAGCAAGAAGGCCACGAGGUUGAAAUUUGUGAGAUUCAGUUAGAAAGUCAGUGGAGCCCUGCAGGCCCAGCAAGUUUGGAUUUCUUUUUUCUUUUCUUUCUUAUUUUUAAAGAUGUUUAUUUACUUAUUUGAGAGCACAGUA